UUGUUGCGAACUUAUGAAGAAGCGUAUGCUGAUGGAUUCCCGAUCUCCGGAAUCUACUUAGCUUCUGGAGUGAUGAAGCAGACAAACACGACGAUUAUCAAGAAGAUUCACUUGUUUUGCGAUAUUCGAGUGCAUGAGCAAGUGAAAAGAAUGUCUUCAAUUCAGUACGAAAUCGAUUCUUUCCAGCAGACUCUCGAUGAUUUAGUCAAGAACAGUCAACCCAAGAAGGAGGAAGCGAGUGUGGAUGUUGAAACCAUCCGGUCCGAUGUCUUUGUGAGAUCAACCAUCGCAACGCAAAGUGAGAUGAUCGGAAAGGCGCUUCUGGAAAUUAACGACGAGAACACAGGAUUUCACAGCCGAAUGACGACCCUGCGAGAAGAGCUGAGUGCUGAAGUGUCUGCGAUCUUGAGUCGAGAAAAGGACAAGCGAUUUUGGAAGCACAGCAGCAAAGCUUCGCUGGAUGAGGCUGCUCUGAAGAAGAAGUAUCUUUCGCAAGUGAUGAGCAGUGCGAAGGAGGAAUUGGAAGUGGAGUACAAACGCUGCGUGCAAGAUAUCGUCGACUUUUCGUCCAACUUCGCCAAGCUUUUCUAUCGCGAAAUGGCUUUGCGUUAUUGGCUUCUUCUGUGUCAAUAUCGUGACCGGAUGAACGAUGAAAAUCUCUACGAGUUGCUCACCAAACUGAAUCAAGAAAUCCUGGAGAAGUUGACCAUCGGCAGCGAAAAGAGAAAUCUGGGACCGCUGAGUCUGAGAGAACAAGCAGUUCCAUUCUGCACUGCGGAUAAUCAGAGUGCGGGGCAGGAAAGCAACGGCUAG